AAAACACAUGUGAUGUGAUCAUGGUUGUUUACAUUUUGCGCUGUUUACAGUUACAAUUGCCCCAAUUGCGGCAGACUUGUAGCUACAGCUUUCUCGCAAUCAGCUGUUGAAAUAAGUUAUUCUAUGAAAAUUGUGGAAGGAAAAGGGGAAAAAGAACAAAUACAGCAAAAAAAAAAACAGAAUAUUUGCUGCUUAGAAAUGCAUCGUAAGAGAACGGUCUAUGGGUCGAAACCAGGAUAUGUAGAACAAUGUCGAAACAGUCCUAGCUGUAAUAGCUUUUUCUUUGAUUUGUUAUUAUAAGUACGAGGAAGGCAUGAAGAUCGAAUUACCGACUUCAAGAGGAAAAAUUGAUUACGAAAGAGACCUUUUAUUAUGUAGGCAGCUCAAGCUCAACAUGAUAUGCAUUAUACGCAUUAUACCGAGAUUUCUUUGAGAGGCCUACCAGUAAGAAUGAACUAGAACCAGCUGAGUAGUUUGGGUUUGUUUGGGUUUGCAAAACGCGUGUGUCCCGGGAACGGGCAUUUGCACAGCAGGUGAAGUUCGUUGAGCUUGCUGUGACACAUCUAUAAGCAAGGUUAUAUAACCUUGUCGGCGCAUUUUCACCUGGUGACGGGCAGCGCUCAUAUCGGCAAUGGCUGGCGGUCGCGGUCGAAACCUGUGCAGCAGGUGUGCGCUGUGGCAGCUGCUCUGCCUCGCGGCGGUGGUGCUGUCCUGCCAGGCUACCGACGAGUGGCAGCCGGAGCAGAUACACAUCUCGUACGGAGAGGAGCCGUCGCAGAUGGUGGUCACGUGGAGCACGUCCGAGCCGGUUGGCUCGGAGGUGUACUACGGCCGGCGGCGGCCCGACACGCGCGCCGUCGGCGCCGCCUCUCGGUUCGUGGACGGCGGCGAGCUGCGGCGGGCGCAGUACGUGCACCGCGCCACGCUGACCGGCCUGCAGCCCAACACCACCUACGUGUAUCAGGUGGGCAGCGACGCCGGGUGGUCGGAGCUGUUCUUUUUCACGUCGAUGGCCGCCGGUGUGGACUGGAGUCCCCGGCUGGCCGUCUAUGGAGACAUGGGCUCCGAGAACGCCCAGUCCCUGCCCAGGCUGCAGCGAGACGUGCAGCAGGGCCUGUAUGACGCCGUACUGCACGUCGGAGACUUCGCCUACGACAUGGACUCGGACAACGCCCAGGUGGGCGACGAGUUCAUGCGUCAGCUGCAGCCGAUCGCCGGCUACCUGCCCUACAUGACCUGCCCGGGCAACCACGAGCAGCGCUACAACUUCUCCAACUACAAGAACCGCUUCACCAUGCCGCGCGACGGCGACAACAUGUUCUACAGCUUCGACAUGGGCCCGGUGCACUUCGUGUCGGUGUCCUCGGAGUACUACUACUACCUCAACUACGGGCUGAAGAUGGCCGGCAACCAGUACCGCUGGCUGCAGCGCGACCUCGCGGAGGCCAACAGGCCGGAGAGCCGCGCGCUGCGUCCCUGGCUGGUGGUGUUCGGCCACCGGCCCAUGUACUGCUCCGAUAACGACACCGACGACUGCACGAAGCAGUUCGACGCCAUGCGAGUCGGCAUACCCGUCCUGCACUUGUACGGCAUGGAGGAGCUGCUGAUGGAGUACGGGGUCGACCUGGCCAUCUGGGCGCACGAACACUCGUACGAGCGGCUGUGGCCCGUCUACAACGAGACUGUGUACAACGGCACGGCCGCCGACCCGUACCGCAACCCGGGCGCGCCCGUACACAUCGUCACGGGAUCGGCGGGCUGCAAGGAGCGGGUGGACCCGUUCAACGCCACGGUGCCGGCCUGGAGCGCGUUCCGCAGCUCCGACUACGGCUACACGCGCCUCACCUUCCACAACGGCUCGCACGUCCACCUGCAGCAGGUCUCCGACGACAAGGACGGCGCCAUCAUCGACGACUUCUGGAUCCGCAAGGACACCCACAAGGCCUACGGCGACCUGAGACAGACGCGUGCCGGCUACCUGUAGGUAGUCGCCCACCUGGCGGCCGGCGGCGCGUCCCCGUCACCCGAACCAGCGCCUCGGCCUCUCGGAAUCAGCAGAGUUCAUACAUCGGCGUCACAAGCACAGCGCGUGGGCCUUCCCUUAGCAAGCGUGAGCUAAAAACAAAUGUAUAGGGGUCUGCCUUGUCUACGUAGAAUACGAGCUUAAUCCGUACCCACUUGAUAGAAAUAUCAACCGUUGUGAUUCAUAACUGUACUCGGGGAGCCUGUAGCUGUUGCUGCUAAGGGGGAUAUUUUAAAAAAAUUGCAACAUGUACGAGCUGAUGCCAGUAUGUUAUGGGCUCAUUAAUGUAACAGGAGUUGAUUAUUUCAUUGAUAUGCACGUUGUACCAUACAGACAUUUCUCACGAUGUUUUAGAACCAAGAUCGAGGGCGGUAACAAAGACCGAGAGUAUUCCCAUUUCUGAUCGGGGAUGGACUUUUAUCGCUUCGCAGGUUUUCAAAAGCUUUACAGGCUUAAUAUUAUACUCGUGUUCCGCUCUUGGUGAAUGGUCGAACGGUGGUGAAAUCAGUUGAUUUAAGGUCAAUCGAAUCAUCGGGUAAUAUAUCGGAGCCAAAGUACAUUUCUUCAGUACCACUCAUUAUUUAUAUCCUUUUCAGAAAACAGUUAUAUACAAUACAAGUUUAAAAUUAAGAUGAGUUAUUGGAUUUAGUUUUCAUUUAACAAAAUACCUUUCAAUAACAAAUUGCAAUAUAAAAUACGCCUUUUGUAUUUUAAGUUACUUCAUUGUUUUAGCCGUUUUCACAGCGGCACGUUUGAUCACAAUUGGUGUGAUUUGGCUAAAUUAGGUUCUUAGUUGAUUCUUAUUAUUUUUUUUUGGCUUAAGCUGCACUAUAGUCUGACAAAACUAAGAAAAAAUGGAUUUAAAGCCUAACAGUUGUUAGUGCACGUGCCUCUAUAGAUCACUUCUAGUAUGCCCGACAUAAUUUCUGUAAAUUUAAGCACAGGUAGGCUAUCUCCAACGUCCGAUGCACGUGUUAGGUGCUUCGAGGUGCCUUAGCUCCGUUCUUUCUUAGGUUUGUCAGCCUAUAGCUGCUAAUAUGCUAAUUUGUCACAUCUUCAUACAUAAGGUAUCCUCGAGGAAAAUAUUGAAAUAAAUUCUUGAUAUAAAGAUAUUUGCUGUAAAAGAAAUUUGGUUAGAUUUGAUCAAGCUUGGUGCCUUCGCCAGGUAGCACAUCGUGAAAACGGCUAAUGACACACCAUAAACCAUGUGCAGGUAUGAAACAUGAAGUAAUGAUGGUAAACAUUAGUUAAAUAGACAAAAUGGAUUCGGCAGAUAUCUCUGCCAGGGUGAUUCUGCCAGUGUUCAUGGUGGCGCCAGACCCCGAGAGCGGCUGCCUCGAGUGCCAUCCUGGCCACUGUGUCGAUGUUAUUACAAUGUUAGCAGUCCGACACUUGGCACGACUCCACUUUUAUUGACUUGCUGGGUGCCUAUAAAUUACUUCGCUGAAUCGACUUUAAUGAUAUGCCUCGCAUAAUAAGUAGCUACAAUGUUAUCAGCUAUUUGAUUCUCUUAAAAUACAAUUUGUUGUUGAA